GGAGGGGAGGGGCGAGCCGAGCCGAGCCGAGCCGAGCGCAGUGCGCAGGCGCUGUCGGCCGGGCCGGGGCGGAAGCGGUUUGAACUGCGGCGGGAGCCGGCGGAGCUGAUCCGGUCGUAGCGUAGCACAGAGCGCGACCGGCCCUGAGCGGGCAACAUGGAGCCUAUCCUGGAAGGUGUUUCAGCAUAUGUAGAAGUGUGGUCAUCCAACAGAACAGAGAAUUAUUCAAAAACAUUUGCACAACAACUUCUGGAUAUGGGAGCAAAAGUUUCAAAAACUUUUAACAAGCAAGUGACUCAUGUAGUCUUCAAAGAAGGACAUUUGGCUACAUGGCGAAAGGCACAGAAGACUGGAGUAAAACUAGUUUCUGUACUCUGGGUGGAAAAAUGCAGAGAAGCUGGUGCCCAUGUUGAUGAAUCAUUAUUUCCUGCAAUAUAUACUAAUGAAGGGUUACCCCUUCUAAUUAAAAAACACAAAUGCAUGCAGCCCAAAGACUUCAUUGAAAAAACACCAGAAAAUGAUAAAAGACUACAAAAAAAAUUGGACCUGAUGGCUAAAGAACUAGAUAUACAAAAAACAGCAACCGAAACCGAUAUACCUGUUUUAUUAUUUGAGGAUGAUGGUUCACUUGCAUAUAGCCCUACAAAUAAGAUUAAAGAUCAGUGCAGUGCAAUGGAAAAGAGAAUAAAGGACAUGAAGGAAAAAAGGGAAAAUCUUUCCCCUACCGCUUCACAAAUGUCUACACUUAAUUCAACACAACCUGGAUAUGGAGAGUCUCUUGGUGUCACCAGUUCUGCAAGUGCAUUGCUGCCAGAAGAACACAUCAGUGAUUCUUUAAACUUGACUUUUGAUGACAUUUGGGGAAACUGUAAAUACAAAAAUCAGAAACCAGCAUCAGCUGAAAGUGAUAUUUACGUUUCAACACCUGCAUCAGAGCAUUCUCUGUUUUCAAGCAGUGACCAAGGGAAUUUAACUCCAAAAUCAUCUAACAGAAAACAUUUAAGCAAAAAACUAAUUUUGCAACGCCCUCUAGAAGAUAAACUGUUUGCUAAAAAGAGAAAAUCUAAAGUCUCCCCUGACCUAAAUCAGUGUGGUGAAGAUACUCUGACUUCUGCAUCGGUUUCAACCAAAAGUUCUUUUCUCCAGGAAAAAGACUUGAGUCACAUCACUCUUUCCCAAAAAAUUGUCGAGCUGGAAGCUGCUGCAGUUACCACAGGUAAUCAGUCUGAUUCAUUAGUGAGCCAUGAAGAUUCUAUUAAUAUGCAUUUGGGUGACACAAAUAUUCCUGUUGACACAAGGGAUUGUAGUGUCCGAUACAAAAUAAGGGGAAAACCAAAAAGAGAAAAAUAUAAUAUGAAAUUGACCACAUUGGCAUUAUGUAAGAGAGGGUCUGAAAAUAAGUUUCUUCUAGCGAUGACCACACGUAACAAGUCAUCAGACAUAGAGGAAGCUUCGUAUGAAGACUUUUUUUCACCUUCUAAUUUGAAGAAAAGUGAAAUGCACGUAAGACACUUUCCUUUGCAAGUUCAGCAGAAUUCACCAAGUGCUCCUGAAGUGAGUUGCAAAAGAGACUUUUUAAGCCACAAACAAGAUAGAUUGUUUGAAGGGUCAGAUAAACAGUGCAUUGCUCUUUCCAAAAAAAGGAAAAGAACUGUUGAGACAAGUGGUGUUUCAACAGAGAGUGACUGCAAGCUAACUGAAUGUUCAGAAAGUACAGUAAGUGUGACCUUAAACUGCACGUCAGGUGGAGUAAACACUGAGACUGCAGAAGCCCUGGGUUCUAGCCCUCUGAAUCAACUGCAUCAAAAUGUUCAGAAAAUAUCCUGCAGAACUAGCGUGAAUAGCUGCCCUCAAGCUACUGGUAAGUUGCUCCAUUCAAAUGAAAAUUCAAAGAUGCAGCAUCAUGAUGCAUUAAAAAUGCUUGUGCAACUAAAUUCUGAAAUGGACUACCAUGUUGAGGGAAAACAAUGGCUUUCAGAAACUAGACUACCAGAAGAAAAUACUGUAUCUAUGACAUCAGAUUCUUUAAAAAGUGACAAAAUGGGUGCAGUGGAGCCAAAAGAACACCCACCUACUUUUCCAGACUCUACAAAUACAGAAAUGUCAACAGGAGAAAAGAAGGAAAUCCUGCUCAAAAAAUGCAGUCCAAGUAUUGAAAAUGAAACUUCAGUAUGUGAGGCUACAGAUGGCUCUUGUGAAGUUUUUAAUGAAAAGAAGAAUAAGCCCAGUGGGGAAUCAAAGAAAACUGGGAGAAUCAAAAAGCCAACAAGAACAUUAGUCAUGACAAGCAUGUCCUCUGAGAAGCAGUGUGCAAUAAUUCAGGUGGUGAAUAAACUGGGAGGCUUUUUGUUUUCGGAUGAUGUAUGUGAAACGACUACUCAUGUGGUUACAGGGAGUCCUCGUCGCACCUUGAAUGUAAUGCUGGGAAUUGCCCGGGGCUGCUGGAUUGUGUGUUACGAAUGGGUACUGUGGUCUUUGGAAUGUGGACAUUGGAUUUCAGAGGAACCAUACGAACUGUCAGCCAAUUUUCCUGCAGCUCCUAUGCUGCUUACAUUACUGUUUUUUCCACUGAAUGGAUUUCAGGAACUUAGUCGCUAUGGGCUUCACAACCCAAUCUGCAGACUUCAACGUCACCUGUCAUCAGGAAAAUAUCAGCAGGACCUCUUUUCAAGUCAGCCUGUAAUGUUUAUAUCUCUUGCCAGUCAACCGCCAUGUGACAAGCUAAGUGAACUUGUUCAGUUGUGUGGAGGAAAAAUAUGUAAAACCCUACGUCAGGCCAAAAUCUAUAUUGGAGAAUAUUUGGGAAAGAAGCAACCUGAAAUAAAAUAUUUAUCAGAAAAAUGGAUACUAGAUUCAGUCACUCAGCACAGGAUAUGUCCUCUGGAAAACUACAUGUUCCAGCAGUGAGCGAACUCAAGAGCCUCCUUAUGGUUGUGAGGAAAUUAGUAAAGGUGUCCAGUUUUCAAUUAAGUAAGAAGCUGAACGAACAGUGAAUACAAGAUUUUACGAAGAGACAGUAAUGGGUUUUUAAAUACAGCCAAAAGUUUGGUAUAGUGUGGUGAGUCUCAUCUAAAUGUCUGUCUAAUGAAAUCCUUUGAUUAGCCUUUUGUAAUAAGGUAUUUGCCCAAUAAAAAUCCUUUUGCUUUGUA